AUUCCGCCGCCCGUCUCCCAACUCGUAAGCGGCGACGAGCGAGAACUGCGGCCGGCUUCGUUUUCCACCGUUUAUCCUGUAAACUGAUAGCGGCGGCCGCCGGCCAGUUGCCCUCAUCCAUUUUCCUUUCUAGCUUUCUGCUGAACUUUCGCGACUUAAUAUUUAGAGGGUUAUUUCAAAGGUAUAAAGCUCACAUUAGAGUUACUCCUCGAGUCCUAGUUAUGGAGCAUCCUCUGAGUUCCUCGGAACAUAACUACUUAGGCGGGAUUUACUGUUGAUGGGUGUGCUUUCUCUAUCUCGAACAUGUCUCCGGAGACCUUGCUGGCUUGAAUCGGCUUAUUCCGUCUCCUCUGCACUACUGGCGUCGGAUGAACACCAGGUGUUCGACGUUUUGCCCGUCCUUAACAACAACACUGCUGUUGUAGAGAAAUCAGUUGUGUCCUGCCAGGAGGUUAGUGAUCAAGAGACGUGUAAGUUGUUCGCGUUUGUUGCUACGGUUGUGAAGACUUUGAAUUUGGGGGAGGUGAAGAAAGUUAAGUUUGUUCAGGCGGUGAGGUACAACGGUUAUGCUCAUUCAUUCCAUGCGUUUAAAAUGAUCAUGGAGGUGUUUGCGGUAGCGGGGAUAGAGAACAACGUUCAAAUUUUGCUUAGAGAUAUUGUUUCAUAUUACGGGGAGGUUGAUUUGGAUGUUUUGGGGUUGUCUCAAAGUCUGAUAGAUUCCCCUGAUAUUGCUGGAGUAAUAUCUUCCUUGUUGAGUGUACUGAUAAAGGUUCUGGCCGAGAAGAGGUUGAUGGAAAGUGCAGUUGGUGUGCUUUUGCAGGCUAAGGAAAAUAAGGUUGAACCUCAUAUAUUUUCGUGUAAUUUCUUGCUGAAGUGUUUAAUGCAAUCCAAGAGAUAUGAACUCUUCGUCGAUGUAUUUGAUCUGUUGAGGAAUUCUGGUCCGUGUCCUAAUGUUCAUACCUACACCAUUCUCCUGAACUUCUACCGUAAUAGUGAUUUGGAGGUAGACAUUGUUCGUGCACUGAUGGAGGUGCUGGGCGAAAUGCAGAAAUUUGGGCUUACCCCCACAGCUGUAACUUACAGUACGGUUGUCCAUGCUCUUUGUAAAGUAGGUUUUGUUCAGUCUGCCUUGGAAUAUGUACGGGAUUUGAGGAACAAUAACUGUUUCUUCAAUAGUUAUUGUUAUAAUGCUAUUAUUCGUGGAUUUUGCCAGCAAGGUGAAGUGGAUGAAGCACUGAAGCUCUUGGAAGAGAUGAGAUCAGCUGGGAUAUCACCAGACAUAUAUAGCUACAGCAUCUUGAUUCAUGGGUUCUGCCAGAAGGGUGAAUUUGAAAAGUGUGAUGAUUUGUGGAAAGAAAUGGCGCAUUGGAAUGUCCAGCCAAACAUUGUUACACACAGUUCGCGCGUUUCGGGUUUAUGUAAAGUUGGAUUGGUAGACCUUUAUUUGGAGAACUUUCAUGACAAAGGUGACCAUGAUUUUGAAUAUGACUUGACUUACUAUAACAUUUUGAUUGACGGUUGUCUCAUGACGGGUAAGCUGGACAACGCCAAUGACCUUCUGGAGGAAAUGACUAUGAACGGGUUGACUCCUAAACCCUUCACCUUUAACAGGUUGAUUCACGGGUUCUACAAAGAAGGGCACCUAAAAGAAGCCUUGAAAGUUAUUGAAAUGAUGCGAGAAUCUCUUGUAGCACCAAAUGUUUUCAGCUGCAAUGUGAUUGCUGACAUAUAUUGUAGAGAAGGACACCUGGUGGAAGCUCUGAAAUUUAUUGAUGAAAUGCAAAAUCUAGGUAUUGUUCUUGACUCACAUACAUACUAUGUUAUCAUUAAGUGGUUGUGCCACAAUGGAAUGUCAGAGAAAGCGUGGGAAGUUCUUCCUGUAAUGUUUAAGAAAAAUGUUUUUCCUGAUGUUGCUCAUUAUAAUAUCAUCAUGGAUGGUUUUGCCAAACAGUCAAAAGCAAUGGUUGCAUUGAAAUUGUAUAGAAGAAUGCUAGAAGUUGGAUUAGCACCAGACAUGUUUACAUAUACAGUUCUCAUCAACAUUUUUGCCAGCAAAGGAAAAAUGGAUAAAGCCUGCAGUUUGUGGAAGGAGAUGAUUGGAAAGGGCAUCUCUCCAGAUAAGAUCGCAUACACAUCUAUGAUAGCUGGAUUCUGUAAAAUUGGGGAUAUGGAAGCUGCUGAUGUAUUAUACCAGGAAAUGUUGAAGAAUGGCCAUAUUCCUGAUGUUGUAACUUAUACUUGUCUGAUUGAAGGACUUUGUAAGAUGAACCGCCUGGAUAUGGCUGACCGAUUAUUUGAGGAGAUGGAACUGCACGAAUGUCUUCCAAAUGUGGUGACAUACACUGUUCUCAUUGCUGGCCAUAAAAAGGUUGGCCACAAUGGUGUUGCAGAUAAGCUGUAUGCUCAGAUGGCCCAGAAGUGCAUUUCUCCGGAUUAUAUUGCUUACAAUACCUACAAGAAGGGAUAUUCUUGAGCUUGAUCAAGGUUAGAUGAUUUAUCUGUAUUUAUAAUUUCAUUUAUCCUUUUCUCUAUUACUUUUAAUUUUAUCCAGGUGGUUUAUUUUCCCCUGGCCAUUUCAUUCUCAUCCCUCUCACUUCAACAAAAUCUUUUUCUUGGAACUGGCUCCUAACCAUCUGAAGGCUUGUUAGAUCUGCAUCUCUUUACUAAACUGCAUUGAUAUAUCUGUAUUUCAGGAUGCAUAGCAGUCAUGGCUGGAAAAGCGGGGUUGUUGUGUGGGGUUUGACAGUUUCUGUCUGAUGCCAUUUGGAUGUUUGAGAAGCUUACAGGUACUUGUGCUAGUCCUGUUAAUGUGGCUUUAAUGGUUGUUCUGGACUUAUAUGAGUGACGUGAAUGGAUGAAUAUGAGUUUGGUAGUCCAUUAGUCUAGUCUUUUGUUUGGUUCUGAUUUUAUCAAGUACUUCUGGUACAUAUCUUCUGUAAAGAGAAUUAGAUUCCAGAACCAUGAUGCAUAAGGUGCUAGGGUUGUUCUAGGUGAAGUUAGUGGCUGAAUCUUUCUUGUCGCCUUACUGUGUUCCUAACAGUGGUGAGCUGAGUAUAAUGAUUUAUGGUAGUAAAAAGAUUAUUUGUUA